CCUAUAGCAAACUCUGUUUCUCUAACGCUCCGUUUCACCUUCCCGUCCUCUGUAUUGACCGCUCUCUCUCUCUCUUUCUGCCUGAGUUAUGGACACCUCUUAUCCUCGUGAAGAACUGUACCUGUCACAUGCUAAUAAGCCGGACGCUUCUCACACGGUGAUCACCGUCGGUGCGCCUGCGCCGCCCCGCGAUCACCUGCUGUGGUCUCUGUGUAACACCUUGUACCUGAACCUCUUUUGUCUUGGAUUUAUUGCAUUGAUCUACUCUGUAAAGGCGAGAGAUCAGAAGGUCCAGGGAGAUGAUCAGACAGCACGGCGUUACGGUCGGAAGGCACGGUGCUACAACAUCCUGGCCACUGUGUGGAAUGUCACGGUGCCCGUUCUGCUAGUGGCGCUAGUGGUCACGGGCAUUGUGCACCUAUCACAAGUGGUGAACGCGUCCCUUGACCUGUUCAACUUCAAAGGCUACAUGGCUGGCAGCGAUGAAGAUAAGUAGUAAGCGGCAAAAGAGGAUAAAACAGAACUACAAACUAUGACCAUAAGGAAAACUACGGGCUACCUUCUGUGAACCCCAUUGGCCAGGGCUAGAGGACACUAGCCAUAAGCCAUUUGGACGUGGCCAGGCUUUCAAAGGACAAUUAAAUGAAGAGAUGGCCUUCUCAAUGGGAUUUUUUUCAUCGUCAUUGUUAUAAUGUUCUCAUCAUAACAUUUUUUGAAAAGUCCAAGGUAUAAAUUA